AACAACAAAUGGAAAUAGUCCUGUUUCGCCUAACAGUCCUGCGGAGAUCACAUCGUUCCUCAGCUGCCCCUCUGCAGAACGGCUUCUCCAGCUGGGACAGUUGAGGACACACCUUCAGCAAGAGGUCGAUGCAUCUGAGCCACAGAAAGCUGCUGAUGUCAUUCUGAAAAUCGGUUCCCUAUACAGUGAAGAUCCCGAGACCAAGGCCGCUGUUCUGGAUACUAUCGAUGCAAUGUUGAAGAAGCUCCUCUCUGGCUCCACCCUCCAGUCAUACUGCUUCCUCUCCACACUGCUGGUCAUGAUGGGACUACUCAAGGUAAAGCGUCGCUGCAGUGCUUCCUAUUAUGUAACACUUCAUGAGAAACUAUAAACAGAAUAUCAGUCAUUUACAUGCACAGAAUAGGUUCGGCAGGGCUCCAAAUCUGCUGGCAGAGAUUAGACAUCCAAAUAUUUAAGGAACUUCAGCGAUCCAUAAUUCUGUUAUAUCUCAGAAUUUAUCUUAAGAGAGCCAUAAUACUU